AUGAGUUCCCACUCAUCUUCUUUCUCAUACCUUUGUUUUCUCACAAUCUUUACAUUCUUUCAUUCUUCUUUGUCUGACCAAAACUCCACCACCAACAUCCGAUGCAUCGAAUACGAGAGAACCGCACUUUUGGAGUUCAAAAACGACCUCAUCGAUGGUGCAAACCGACUCGUUUCCUGGAACAGAAGCAAUGCAGAUUGCUGCAUAUGGUAUGGAAUCACCUGCAACAAUCUUACCGGCCAUGUCAGUGAGAUCAGACUUCGCGGGCCCGAUGCCAUGGCUGACUUAAAAUCUCAAGAAGCAUCUAUACAAAGAUUUGGAGGGAAAGUCAACCCUUCUUUGCAGAAUUUGACUUCACUGGAGUAUUUAGACUUGAGCUGCAAUGAUUUUGGAGGGAACCCGAUUCCGACUUACAUUGGGUAUCUCCGAAACUUGACAUAUCUGAAUCUUACUGAGUCUAGAUUCUCCGGGGAGGUCCCGAGUCAACUCGGGGAUCUUUCCAAGUUACGGGUACUCAGUAUCCGACAACUUUAUAGCGGUGAUCAGUAUGUACAACAGGUUAAGAGUUUGCAGUGGUUAUCGGGUCUUUCUUUCUUGCGCCACCUUGACAUGGGUGGAGUGCAACUCGAUGGCGUGUUUGAUUGGCUGCAGGUCCCUUUUACGCUUGUCGAACUGCAUUUAGUAUAUUGUGGGUUACCUCCUAUCACACCUAGCUUAACCAUGGUUAAUCUUACUUCACUUUCAGUCCUUGAUCUUUCUUAUAAUAACUUCAGUACUAGUUCGAUACCGAGCUGGAUUACUAGUUUACAUAGUCUAGUUUCCUUAAAUCUUGCUAACUGUAAUUUCAAUGGGCCAGUUCCUGCUGGUCUUAUGAACAUGAAUUCCCUUACUGUCCUUGAUUUGUCAAAUAAUCAACUCACGGGUAUUCAGGAAACGCGUAAUUCGUCUACUCUAAGCGUCUGUAAUCUAAGAGAAAUAAACCUUGACUGGAACAAAUUUGAUGGGAAAAGUCUGUUAGACGCCCUCACAAGUUUGUUCGAAUGUGAAUCAUCUAAACUUGAGUCUUUAAGGUUUGCAUCAAGCGGGCUUUCUGGUAAUUUACCACGACAACUCGGGAAACUAAAGAAUUUGGUUCAUAUUGAUCUUAACGGCAACUCGAUAUCCGGGUCAAUUCCAGAUUCUAUAGGGAACUUGUCAUCCUUACAAACUCUAGAACUCGGGUCUAACUUGAUUUCGGGUCCAAUCCCUGACUCGAUUGGAAGACUGUCAUCGUUGCUAUCGAUGUACCUCCCUUCCAAUUCUAUUACUGGCCCGUUACCAGAAUCUUUAGGAGAGCUGUCAUCGUUGGAGCUGUUAGAUCUUUCGUAUAAUGAAAUCAACGGAACUCUUCCACAAAGUAUCGGCAAUCUUACCAAGCUGAAGCAACUCAUCAUCGAGCACAAUCUGUUAACAGGCGUUGUGACUGAAGGUCAUUUUGCAAACCUCACGAGUCUAGUCACUUUACGGGGAGAUGCAAACAUGCUAAGACUCGAGCUACCGGCUGAUAACUGGGAACCACCUUUUCAACUCAGAAUACUGACCUUAAACAAUUGGAGUUUAGGUCCGAAAUUCCCUUCGUGGCUUCGAAAUCAGACCGAUUUAUUUAUCUUGUAUCUAGACAGCACCCGGAUUUCAGAUAACAUUCCAAGUUGGUUUUGGAGUACGUUUCCAGGUCUGCAGUAUCUGAAUAUCUCAGAUAAUAAUCUCUCGUCGGUGUCUCUGAACGAUUUCCUUUGCUCGGUGGAACCGAAACAGAUUAUAUACAUGCAUCUAGGGAAUACUAAUAUUUCAGGUGUUCUUCCUGAUUGCUGGUCAAACUGGGAGCUGUUGAAUAUCUUGAACUUACAGAACAAUAAUCUCACCGGUGAAUUUCCAACGUCUUUGGCAAAUUUAUCUUCUUUAGAGUCAUUAAAUGUGCAUAAUAACAAGCUCUCGGGAGAAGUACCCGUAAAUCUAAUGAACUCAAAAAGCUUACAGAUCAUUGAUCUUUCUGAAAACAAUUUCGUUGGAAGCAUACCGACACCAAUAGGUGGAGAAGCAACAGUUUUAAAGCUUCUCAGCCUUCGUUCGAACAAACUUAACGGUGAAAUCCCAGAUGAAAUCUGCAGACUUGAUUCUAUCCAGAUGCUGGAUCUUGCUGACAACAAUCUUUCAGGAAGAAUACCAAACUGCUUCAACAAUUUUAGUGUCAUGACCGGAAAAGUUACUCCAAAUCCGAUUGUUGAGCUAGCACAACAAGAGUUUAUGGGCAGUGCGUGGUUGGUGAUGAGGGGGAGGGUGUACGGGUAUGGCAGCAUUCUCGGUUUAGUAACGUAUUUGGAUCUUUCAAGCAAUCGUUUACACGGGGUUAUUCCGAGUGAGAUUACGCAGCUUGUAGAGUUAAGAUUCUUAAACUUGUCCAAUAAUCGGUUGACAGGGAGGAUCCCGGAAAAGAUGGGUGACAUGAAGUUGUUAGAAUUAUUUGAUUUGUCAAGGAAUGAGGUUGAUGGGAUGAUUCCAUCAAGCAUGUCGAAAUUGAGUUUCUUGAAUCUGUUAAAUGUGGCAUACAACAACUUGACAGGAAGAAUACCGUCAAGCACUCAGUUUCAGAGCUUUCAGGAAUCGAGCUUUGUCGGGAACCAACUAUGUGGAGCUCCUCUUAGCUUAAGGUGCGGCGGAGGAGGAGGGGUGGUUAAUGCUAGUGAAGAAGAAAGAAGUGAUGAUGGGCCAGAGUGGGGACUUAUUACAAGCAUAGUGGCGGGGUUCGUUGUCGGAUUUUGGGUAGUUGUUGCUCCUUUGGUGGGUAGCAAGUCAUGGAGGAUGAAAUAUUAUGAAUAUCUGUAUAAAAUUUGGUGCAAGUUUUGUGGUUCAUAA